AUGGCCGAAACUCACAUCCAGUUCGGCGAAGAGGCGAUUGAACGGACAAAGACGAAUCAGAGUGCUUUUGGGGCAUACAAGAGAAGGAUAUCAGUCCAUGAGACCGACGCGGCCUCGAUUUCUGAGACUGGUGGAAGCGUUCGCGAGAGUGAUUUCAAGAAGCGGCAAGUCUUCAAAGGAUGGACUCUGCUAUGGCUAGCGUAUCAGUCUACUGGUGUCAUCUACGGUGACAUUGGAACGAGCCCUCUCUACGUCUUCUCGUCGACCUUCUCAUCAGAACCCUCGCCAGACGACCUCCUAGGUGCCGUAUCCCUGAUCAUCUGGUCCUUGACUCUAAUCGUAACGCUCAAAUAUGUCCUCAUCGUCCUCCGCGCAGACGACGAAGGUGAAGGCGGAACUUUCGCCAUGUACACGCUCCUCUCCCGCUUCAGCGACAUCAUCAAGCGCGAUCCACGAGAAGUCACACUGGUCAAGAUGGAACGACACAACACGAACGAUAUGGGUCCCAGCAAUCGCAGUAUCAGGACUUGGCUGGAGAAGAGCAAGAUAGCGCAUGCACUCCUGAAGGUGUUGGCUGUGUUUGGUGUUGCGCUGAUCCUCGCGGAUGGUGUUCUCACACCGGCUCAGUCUGUGCUCGGUGCCAUUCAAGGUAUCACGGUCGCCGACAGCAGCAUUACCACGCCCACGAUUGUCGGCGUUUCUUGCGCGAUCCUCGUCGUGCUGUUCGUGGCGCAACCGCUUGGAAUCCACCGACUCUCGGCCUCAUUCGCACCCAUCGUCAUUAUCUGGCUCCUCUUCAACGGAUGUUUUGGGAUAUACAACCUGGCAGUCCACGACUACAGAAUCCUCAAGGCCUUCUCGCCUUACUUUGCUGGGCUCUGGUUCGUGCGCAAUAAGACUCAGGGAUGGAUCAACCUCGGUGGUAUCCUACUGUCCUUCACUGGAGUUGAAUGUCUAUUUGCAGACGUGGGUGCCUUCUCCCGACGAGCAGUCCAGAUCUCGUGGCUCUUCCUUGCGUAUCCAUGUCUACUCCUGGCGUACAUCGGACAAGGAGCAUACAUGCUGGAGACGCCAUCCGCAUAUUCGAACCCUUUCUUUGAGACGGUUCCCCCAGGUAUGUUCUACCCAUCGCUGGUCUUCGCCGUCCUGGCCGCCAUUGUCGCAUCCCAAGCCACCAUCACCGCUUGCUUCCAGCUCCUGGCGCAGAUCAUGAAUCACAGCUACUUCCCUCAGAUCGAGAUGAAGUACACUUCCACCAAACACCACGGCCAGGUCUACAUCCCCAUCGCCAAUUGGCUCCUCAUGAUCGGCUGCGUUAUCGUCACGGCAGUCUACAACAACACCACCCGCCUCGGCCACGCCUAUGGCGUCUGCGUCAUCCUGGUCACAUUCAUCACCACCAACCUCGUCACCCUUGUCGCCAUCAUCGUCUGGCGCAUCCACCCCGCCAUCGUCUUCAUCAUCUGGCUCCCCUUCAUCACCCUAGACGGCCUCUACCUCACCUCAGCCAUGACGAAAGUCCCCGACGGCGCCUGGUUCACCCUCAUGCUCGCCGUCAUCAUCGCCGCCUUCUUCACACUGUGGCGCUAUGGCAAGGAAAAGCAAUGGUCGUGGGAAGCCAAAGAGAAAAACACCCUCUCCAGCCUCGUCGUCAAAUCCUCCAACCCAGACAACAACAACCGCCUCGCCCUCGCGGAGCGCUACGGCGGCGGCGAGCUCGCCGAAAUCGACGGCUUCGGCAUCUUCUUCGACAAAUCCGGCGCCUACACCCCGAAAGUCUACGAGCAAUGGCUGCGGAAAUUCCGCGCGCAGAUGGACGUCGUGGUGCUCAUGCACAUGCGCGCCCUGAGCGUGCCGCACGUCGCCGAGGAGGAGAAGUUCGAGGUCACCAAGACGGGCGUCAAGAAUGUCUAUCGUCUCAUCAUCCGUCACGGCUAUUCGGAUCAUGUCGUCACGCCGGAUCUGGCCGGGCUAGUGUAUGAGGAAGUGCGCAAAUCGAUCCUCGCGGGCGCCGUGAGACCCUCCGCCUCAGGAUCUGGAACUCCCGAAAAAGCGCCCAGUUUCGAGGAUGAGGAUCAAGUCACUGCUUCACGACUUCGACGCAUUGAUAAUGCGUUCGCGGCGCAGUCGUUGUAUCUGGUCGGGAAGCAGCAGAUGCGGAUCAACCCAAAGUAUAACAUCUUGAAGAAGAUUGUGCUGGGGAUUUUCUUGUAUGUAAGGGAGGUGACGAGGAGUAAAGUGGAGAAGUUGAAUGUUCCUGUGGAGAAUUUGGUGGAGGUGGGGUUUGUUGGGGAGAUUUGA